AUGCCUCAACAUCUUUUUGAUGAAGAGGCAAAUAGCUAUAUCCCUCCUAGUAGUGGUAUUCUUGUUGGUGAUGCCGCUAGUGGUGCUAUGGGUCCUAAUGCGGAGCACGCCUCGAGGGUGGGGCAGGCUGCUGCAGGCUUCUGUUUGACCCUGAUUCCUUAUUCCACAUCCUUACAUCCUCAUCGGGUUAGGCGGGGGCAUAAAAACACGCGUCAACACAGCCCCCAUUCCAGUUCGUGCCCUGUUGAGAAACUGAGGAAAUAUGGAGCUGUUGAGUCCAAGGGUAGAAAAGAUGAUAUGGCUUCAGCGGUAGAGUAUUGGCUUCAAUCUUUAGAGAGGAUAUUAGAGCAGAUGCAGUGCUCAUCUCUAGACAGUUUGGUUUGUGCCACUUCUUUAUUGAAGGAGGAAGUUUAUCAGUGGUGGGAGACAGUAUCACGGACAAUCAGUGUUGAGCAGAGGACUUGGAAUUUGUUUCUUUUUGAGUUUAGACAGAAAUACAUUGGAGAAAUCUAUAUUGAUCAUCGUAAGGUAGAUUUUCUGGAGCUUAAGCAGGGCAGGAUGACUGUGUCAAAAUAUGAGAGAGAGUUCAUCCGAUUGAGUAGCUACGCUGCAGAGAUGAUUCCUACUGAGUUGGACAGGUGCAAGCGCUUCAGGAAAGGCUUGCAUAAUGAAUACAGAAUGCAUCUGGUCACUCAACCUCAUACAUCAUUGUCUUCCCUAGUGAAGGCAGUAUUAGAGCUUGAGGAAUCCAGUAGUAAGAGGCAUAGAGGUGCACCACAGACCUGGUCUAGACCAGUUCAGAGGCAUGGUCAGGGCACUUAUGGUAGAUCAACUUCACAGACCACAUCUGUUGCUAGUGGUGGAGGUGCUGCGUGGAUUGAUAUUUCGACAUGUACUGUAGGGAGGUUAGCUCCCUUUGUUCCGAGAGACAGAGGCAGAGGUCGUAGUGAUACAGUAUGUAUUGGGAGUCAGAGGCCGAUUUCAGAGAUAGUGGAUAGACUUGAGUCCAGAGCACCUGCCAGAGCGUAUGCUAUCAGGACUAGGGAGGAGCAGGAUGCCCCAAAUGUCAUAGUUGGUACAUUCUCUAUCUUUGAUGCUUCUGUACAUGCUUUGAUUGAUCCUAGCUCUACGCAUUCAUAUUUGUGCAUACAUGUGGGUAGACUGGGUAAUAUACAUGCUGACAUGUUAGAGCAUAGUAUUGUGGUCACUAAUUCCUCGAGUCAUGGUGUGAUAGUUAAUCGGAUGUAUAGGGAUUGUCCGUUGGUUAAAACUGGGGGUUGGCAUGGAAGACUGAAGAGUGCUCAGGCAGAAGUGACAUAA